ACGCCCCUUAAAGGCGCCGCCGACGCCGCCCGAGUCGGGGCGAAUCAGUUCCUCGGUUCCUGCCCCAAACUGCGGCAUGGAGUCGUCCCGGGGGCGGCCUGGGCCCGAGGCGGACCUUCUGGCUCUGGGGGAACAGCAAGCCGCGAUCUUCGGCGGCGGCCUGGGCCGAGCGCCCUCUGCGCCGCCCUCAGGCCUCCCGGUGUCCGGACAGGAAGAGGCCGAGAACGUUGGGGGCGCGAGCCGCCACCCCGCGGCGUCCCCGAAGACUUCGAGCCGCGGCGCCGUCCACCGGGCCGAGCGGGAGGCUCGGGACUACGAGCCGGGCCGCGGAGGGACGCCGUCCGCGCCGGGGAGCCUCCGGGGGGCGCCGGGUCCCGAGCCCGACCCGCACGGGUCCUCUGGGCGCCAGGACCCUGAGCCGCCGGAGGACGAGCCUGCAUCCGAGAGGGGCUGCCGUCGAGGGAGCCCGGGAGGCAGCGGGAUGGAGGCUGAGCCGCGGGAGGAAGACGAGGAGGAGGAGGCGGCGGCGGCCGGCAGGGCUGGCCGCUCGUUCUCCAGCCGCCUUCAGGACAGCCGCAGCCUGGACGGGCUGAGCGGGGCGUGCGGCGGCGCCGGGUCGGCAGGGGGUGCCGAGCCUGGCGCGGGCGGCGGGCGCCGCGCCACCAUCUCCAGCCCCCUAGAGCUCGAGGGCACGGUGAGCCGCCAUGGCGACCUCACCCACUUCGUGGCCAACAACCUGCAACUCAAGAUUCGUCUGAGCGGCGCCCCUCAACCCCCGCCCCCUGCCCCGGCGCGGCCCUGUGCAGCGCCCGCGCCCACUCCGGCCAUCCCCCCCAUCGACCCCGACGUGCUGCGGGACCUGGAGCGGCUGAGUCGGGAGCUGGGCGGCAGGGUGGACCGUCUGCUGCGCGGGCUGGGUGGCGCGGUGCAGGAGCUGACCGCGCUGAGCGUGGGCUGCAUCCAGACCUACCGCGACGCCGUGGACUCCCUAGGCGAAGCGGUGGACAUGAGCAUCAAGGGCAUGUACACCCUGCUGGCGCGCUGUGAAGAGCUGGAGCGGGCUCUGCAGCCAGUUCAGGGGCUGGCGCGCCAAGUCCGGGAUAUCCGACGCACCCUGGAGGUGCUGGAGGCCUUGUGCAAGUGACCGGGAGGGCAGGAGUGGCCAAGCCAGGGCCCAGCAGGAUCCUAAGGACUCUUCAAGGAGCCCUGGUGGGAACUGCCCGCUGAGGGGAGGCCUAUGUAUUGGAGGCUCUUCCAGACGCAUUUCGCAGGCCUGCGACCACUCGCUGGGCCUUAUUCAGGUGUAUAUGGGGAAGUUCUGAAGCCUCUCCUGGUGGGAGGGGAUGAUGCUCUGCUUCUGUUAAGUUGGCCAUCUGUAGCGACCUUGUUCUCAACCCUCUUCUCCAGCGAGAACACCAUCUCUGGGAACCCAGGGCUUUAGGUCUCGGCUUGGGAGACCUGACUGCCAUAUGCGGUCAAGAAAGGAGAACAGAAGAGGCUCCAGCCCCCACUGUGGCCACCCUGACUCCAUUGGCCACAUCUCAGGUGCCAGGGGCUGUGGGAGCUUGAGUGGUCCUUGGCCACAGGCCAUGCAGACAAGGAUGCACACCUGCAGAUGGAUAACCCCCUGCUUCUGCCCUCUGGCCCCCUACCAUCCCCCCUUCCCCAGCCAGAACUGGGGUGGAACUAGAAGGAAUGCAUUGCAUGGUAGAGGGGGUGAGGUGGGAGGGGUCUCACUGCUCUCAGGGUUCAGGCAGAAUUGUUGCUGGUUUUGAAGCCCACUGUUGUGGCGUGUUCUAAUCAGUUUUGGCUUUCUGAGUUUUUGUGGAAUUAAAGUGCUGCUGCUAAG